GAUUUUCAAAAUUCGUUGCAGAAAGAAAGGGCGUGUCUGUCAAAUUGUGAAGUAUUUAGAACAUUGUAAAUUUGAAAUUGAGGGAGAGAAGAAAAAUAUGAAGGGAGUGCUGCCGAAGAGAAUAAUUCUGAUGAGGCAUGGGGAGUCGCAUGGGAACCGAGACACGGCGGCGUACACCACAACUCCCGACCACAGCAUUCACUUAACCGCGCAGGGCGUGGCACAGGCGCGUCAAGCUGGCGUCCGCCUCCGCCGCGUGAUUGGCGGGGACGGCUGCUCACCGGACUGGCGAGUGCAGUUCUACGUGUCACCGUACGCACGCACGCGAUCCACGCUGCGCGAGGUAGGUCGGUGUUUCUCGAAGAAGAGGAUAAUUGGCGUGAGGGAAGAGUCGCGGAUUCGGGAGCAGGACUUCGGGAACUUUCAGGUGGAAGAGAGGAUGACGGUGAUAAAAGAAGCACGAGAACGGUUCGGGAGGUUCUUCUAUCGCUUCCCCGAGGGAGAGUCCGCCGCCGACGUUUUCGAUCGCGUUUCAAGUUUCUUUGAAUCUCUGUGGAGGGACAUAGACAUGAACAGGCUUCGUCACGAUCCUUCCAAUGAUUUGAACUUCGUAAUUGUUUCUCACGGGCUGACAUCGCGUAUUUUCCUUAUGAAGUGGUUCAAGUGGACGGUUGAGCAGUUUGAGGUCCUAAACAAUUUUGGGAACUGCGAGUUCCGUGUUAUGGAGCUAGGAAGUGGUGGUGAAUACAGCUUAGCUGUUCAUCAUACAGAAGAAGAAAUGCUGGAAUGGGGACUCUCUCCUGAGAUGAUAGCUGACCAAAAAUGGCGCGCCACGGCGUGCAGGGGUGACUGGAAUGAUCAGUGUCCCUGGUACCUUGGGGAGUUUUUUGAUCAUCUUACUGACUCUGAUGAUGAUGAUGAUCCUGUGGAAAAUGAAGAUCAAGGAGUGCGUAAGUGACUAUUGAGGUGAUAUCUUCAAGUCUAUCCAACAGUUCUUGUGAAAGAGUAAGUUAGUUUAUGCUCUUUUCUCUAGUUUCACGUUUUCUAAUGCAUGUGAUGUUGGCUCAUUUGCAUGUGUCGUUUGACACUUCCAUUAGGUUCUUUGUUGCUCAGUGGUUCUACCAACAUACUUUGAUUAUUAUUCCAUGUUUUGUAAGAGCAGAUACAGUUCCUUGAGCUGACGGAGCUGUUUUAGGUUACAUAGAGUCGUUUCAGUUUCUAAUAGGUAAGGGAAGCUAAAUACAUUGCUUCUAAAGUUUUAGUAACUUGAUAAUCUGAUUUGGUAUGUUGGAAUUGUAUGGAACCAUGGUUGAAAUUUGUCUUGAGUUCUACGAUAGUGUAAUGUGUGACACGUUGAAUUGAUAGUUUGGUACGAUGAAUUCUUGUUAUAGAUAGCUUGCUGACUAUAACUGGUUUUUGAUGAGCUGAGAAUGAUAGGAUUUCUUUUUUUGAUUGGUCAUUUUGGUGUUGAACUUUGGUUUAGUAAUAGGUUGAAUGCUGGUUGGAAAUUGGUCUAAAAUUGACAAUUUGACAGGUGAAAUUCAGUGAGAAUCAUUUAUUGAAUGAGCUUGAUGUUAGAAGUUUGAAUUUGUGCCAUUUAGGACUUGGUUAGCUUUGCGUAUUGCAGGAAAUUGGUCAUUUGGUAUGCUGUUUGGGUUUUUGGUUGUUAUUGGUUUGAUCUAAUGGACUAAGUUGCUGACCAAUUGAGCAAAUUGGUAUUCAAUAUGAUGUUUAAACAUGUUUUCGAGUCAAUCAUAGUGUCAAGAAUACUAAUUUGGUCAUUUGGAUGGGUCUUGAGUGCAAUCAAAUCAAGAAUCAAAGUUUCUGGUUUCUAGUGUGAUGUUGAGCGGCCUUGUGUGGCGCUAAACGAUCCCAUGUGGCGUUGAGCUCUGCAAAGCCAGAGAGUCUCUGGGCUCCAGGGCGUUAAGCACUGCAAAAUCAGAGGGCUCCUGUGUUAUGUGGCAUUGAGCGGUGCUUUUGGACACUGAGCGCCUCUUCAUCCUUGCAGGUCUAGACUCUUUUUCUCCUUAUGCUAGGCGAGAGGUUGGUUUGCUGGGCAAGAGGUCUUGCUCAUUAGGUGUCAGUUCUGGGCGUUGGGCAGUCCCUAUUUCUUGUCAUUUAAUGUUUUCUAUGUUUUUUAGAUUCUUGUUUGAUUUGAAGUGGUUUAUAUAGAUUUAAUGUCUACUUAUGUGGAAUUAUGGAUAUUUUAUGGUUUGUAAAUAUGGUUAUAUGUAUGGUUAAAGAAUGUUGUGAAAGGAAUUCCAAGGGAAAGUUUUUGUGGUUGUUUUAUGUAGUGUAUGUAUUGAUAUAGGGAUUUCGUAUUGGAGGUUAUCCUGACAUUCCAAUAACCACCCAAUCUCAAGUAGAAAAUGGUAGGUUAUGUCGUGAGGAGUAGUCAGAGGUUCUAGUCUAUGGUUUCCUUGGCCAUAUGUGGUUGAUGGAUUAUUGGGUGGGCAAGUUGUUUCACCAUUACAAGUGUAGAACUCGCCAAAAUUCGACAUCAAUACAUUUAUCUGGAUAGUCAACUCUAGAAUGUAUGUUGAUAUGCUUAGGAUUGUUUCAUUUAUCUGUGUUAAUGUGUUUGGAAUGUAUGUUUCAAUUAUAUGUAUGCUCUUUGGUAAAUUAACUUACUCUUCUAUUUGUGUCUAGUGGUAAAUGAGAGAGGGAUAGCGACAAGUCAAUUGAAAACACGUCAAAAUCAAUGGUUCCAUAACUAAGACUGAGUCCCAAAAGAUAAAGGAAACAUUCAUACAAAAAAUAACACCCCAUAAAUUUUAUCGAUUGUAUAUCUUGGAUAAAACACAUGUAGCAUAUACUAUGUACCAUGAAGAAUAGCAUAAAACACUUGAGCAUCAUAAAACAAAGUA